AUACACACUUGGUUUUGCUGCCUCUCUCCUCUCCUCUCUCUCCCAUAUUCCUAGUUUGAGAAUUCAGAUUGAUCAAUUCAAACAAACCCCAUUGAAAAAUAGAUCAUACUCUGCCAAUUCUAAUUGAACUCUCUCUCUCUCUCUCUCUCUCUCUCUCUUUCUCUCUCCAUGUUUAUUUAGUGCCCCUUUUGUUUUGCAUCAUCCAAUCAAUCACUGACCCCUCUUUGCUCCCUUCUCUUCAUUGCCCACAUAUUUUGUUUUCGCAAAGUUUGUGACUUUGGGUUGCAAAGAUGAGCAGUGCUGGGUUUAGGGCUUCAAUUCCGAGCAGUGUGAGGAAGACGAUCCAGAACAUCAAGGAGAUCACAGGUAAUCACAGUGAAGAAGAUGUCUAUGCAAUGCUCAAGGAAUGUUCUAUGGAUCCCAACGAGACCGCUCAGAAGCUUCUCCUUCAGGACACAUUUCAUGAGGUCAAAAGAAAGAGAGACAAAAGAAAGGAGAAUCUUAACAACAGAGAAUCUGUGGAGCCACGUUGGAGGCCUGGCACCCAAGGGCGGGGGGGAGGUAGGGGUGGUCGAGGAAAUUUUUCACCUCAUAAUGCAUCACAUGAUGCUGCUGGUAGCAAGAAUUCCGGUACAGGAAAAGAUAAUGGAAUCCCUCAAGUUACUGAGAAAGUUGCACUGCCUAAGACAGCUUCUCAAGAGACAAUAUCUAAAGAAAAAAGUUCUGGAACAAGCUCUAUACCUGCUAAUGCCAAUGGUCCAAUAAGUGUAACUUCUGGAACUACUAGUGGUGUGAGUCCUCUCCCUUCAUCUGCUGGAACUGGAGACAGAAUGGGUCCAUCUUCUGGUGAUAUGAAUAAAUUGAAUAGUGCUUUACCCUCUGAUAGUUCAAAUAAGGUUGCAACGGUUGCUUCUGGAAGUGGACCAAUUCUUUUCACCAGUAACCACCCAGGAUCUGGACCAGCAUCUUCAUCAGCUGCCUAUUUCUCUUCUUCAGACCCAGUACUGGUUCCAUCUGAUGAUUCAUGGUUUCCUGGUGCUGUUGGUGCAAUCAAACGUGAAGUGGGAAACAUACACCCUCUUGGGGAAUUAAAUGAUGUUAACUCUGCUGAGAACAAAUUAACUGCUGCUUCUGAGACUGCCAGUUCUUCUGUGCAAGGAAAGACUCUUGGCAAAUCCCAGGGAGCACCUAAGAAUCACAUUACUGAGAUGUCACCUGCGUCAUCAACAGUAACUCAUGCUAGCCCUUCCACUAGUCGGCCUUCCUCUAAUUAUAGUACCCGGUCACAACAAUUAAUUGGCCCUCAGAAAGCUGGCUCUAAUAAGGAGUGGAAGCCAAAACCAACAUAUACAACUAAUCAGGGUUCUACUCCAGUUAGUGCAUCUGAGGCUCGGUCUAUUUCAGCUGACACAACUGGGCAGUUACAGUCUGCAUCUAGUGCCCUAGACUCUGAAGAGGCUACUACAAAAUUGCAGAGGAAGCUGGAGGAUUUUCAUCUUCCGCAGCGUCAACAUGUUAUACUUCCAAACCAUAUCAUUGUGCCUGAUUCUGAAAAGAACAAGUUUAGCUUUGGAAGUUUGGGAGUCACUUUUGGAGUUAAUACAAGCUAUGUUAGUGGCCCAGAGAGUGAAAAGAGUUCCACAUCUCUUUCUGAAACAUCUCAGGCUAUUGAAGAAACUGUGGAGGAGCGGGACUCAAGUCAAAAUGCUGCGCUGACUUCUGAGGUGGGAGAUUAUCCGGACCAUCCUCAAUCACCCACUAAUGGACCUGAGAAUUUGUCAUCCAGUGAGGUUGAUGGAUCAUCCAGUGCCAUUCAGGAGUAUAGUGAGUCCAAGCAAGAAACUGCUUUGCCAUCUGGAGGUCAUCAGUACUCAGGGGUUCAGACUUCUCCAAACUAUAGUUUUGGUUUCGUGCCCCCAAUGUUGGGUACUCAGCUAACACCUUUUGACAAUUCUGAGUCUCAAACGCGUGAUAUUUCUCGACUUCCAAGUUUUAUUGUCCAUCAACAAUUGGAUCCAGCUAGUUAUUAUGCCCAGUUUUACCGCACGGGUGCUGAUAGUGAUGGCCGCCUUUCUCCUUUUUCUUCCGCUGGGGCUAACACCAAGUACAAUGGCAAUGUUACAGUGCUUCCUGCUCCAAAUUCUCAGUCUCCUCAAGAGGGAGGUGUCUUGUCCACGGCAGGUCCAACACCACUGGUGACUCAAGCUGCUGGCCUGAUGCAAAGCUCAAUACCCGUUACUCAACAGCCUGUCCCUGUCUUCCGACCUAGUGGAGUUCAUAUAUCUCAUUACCCUCCUAACUACAUUCAUUAUGGUCCAUAUUUUUCACCAUUCUAUGUCUCACCUCCAGCAAUCCACCAAUUUUUGGGCAAUGGCGCAUUUCCUCAACAACCUCAGGCCAGCACUGUAUAUCCACCGCCCCAAGCUGUGGCUGCCACAGGAAUGAAAUAUCCUCUUCCACAAUUCAAACCUGGAGCAAAUGCAGCAAACCCAACUCACCUUGUAAUGCCAAGUGCCUACGGAGUAUAUGGAUCCUCUCCAGCUGGCUACAAUCAUAAUUCUGCAGCCACUGCCGGGAAUUCAACCUCUAAUGAGGAUCUUGGUUCCUCUCAGUUCAAGGAAAGUAAUGUAUACAUCGGCGGACAGCAGACCUUCAUUUGAUGAUGAUUAUGUUCUGUAAUUCCGCUGCAGAGCGAAGGCUCAGCAGUGUGGAUGGCUGCACCUGGCCGAGACAUUACCAGUUUGCCCACUAGUACAUUCUACAACCUUCCACCGCAGGGUCAGCAUGUGACUUUUGCCCCAACUCAGGCUGGCCAUGGAACCUUUGCGGGCAUCUAUCACCCUGCACAAGCAGUGACAGCGGCAACAGUUCAUCCACUUCUACAACAAUCCCAGACAAUGGCUGGAGCGGUUGAUAUGGUAGGACCUGGAGGCAAUGUUUAUCAGCAACCUCAGCACGCACAGAUCAAUUGGCCGAGCAACUACUGAGGUCACGUGUCUUCCUGACAGCUAAAUUAGAUAAUUGAUUCCUAUCUGGGGAAAAUUUUUGAGAAACACCAAAAUAGGGUUGGAUUUCUGCAAAGACGACAUGGCAAUUUGGCUACAUUUGAGUGUAAGAAGCUGGAAAGUUUGCCAAUAUGAUAUUCUGAUUGCCCAAUUGGGGACAUAUGAAGGGUAGGACCCCUGUAACCGAUAUUGACCAUUAAAAGUUAGAUGAGGUAGAAACAUAUGCAGGCCUUGUCUUUUUUACUCCUGCUAUUUUGUGUUACCAUUAAUACCUUUGUCAUAGCUCCAAGCUUUUCCCUCCCUUUCUUUUGUUGAGGUCCUUGAACUCUCCUAUUAAGAGUAUUGUUGAGUGAUGAGAAAUGUCCAUUCUUUCUUUCUAGUUUGAGUUAAUAGGGUUUGGAAGGUUUAGGUUGGUGGGGAAAGCUUUUCUGGUGCCCCCUUUGUCUUACCUGUAAAGUGAAUUUUGAUAGCAAGAAAAUUAUUUACUUAAGCUGUUGUAUUGCUAUGGGCAAAGUGAACUACUCUCAUUUGUUUUCACCUAAUUGAUGCCUCAAUAGUGCUCGUCAUGGUUUCCACUAAAGUUGGGUUAAGACUUGGUUUACUUUACUUGUGCUAUUGAUUCUAAUAUCUAUAAUAUAGAAAUAUUUACAUAAAAGUAUUUAAUUUUUGGAUAGAGUAAAAUAUG